GUUGUAUUUACAAAAUUUAUUGACUAAUAAAGUUCUUUAUAAUGUGCUAAUAUUGUUCCUAUUUAAGACAAUAUUAUUUAUUCCUAUAAUAAUAAAUUAGUUUACUUAGAUAUUUUAAGUGACAGAAACACACCAUGCUUUAUUUAUGACGAAGGUAAUUAAAUAAUUUAAGAAUAAGUUCAAGAUUAUAAUGAAGAUGAAGAUUUGAAAAAUAUUAUUGAUGAUAGUUUAGAUGAAAAAGAAAGCUAAUAAGAAAGAGAAAGCGAUAAUAAAAAUGAUGAUGAAGAUGAAGAAGACAUAGAUAAAGAAUUCGAUAAUGCAGCUAAAUAAUUCGUUUAUAAUAAUACAAAAUAAGAUUAUAUUUAUGAUGAUAAUAGUGAUUAAGAUUUUGCUAAUAAUUAAAAUGAAAGUGACUAUAUAGAAGUUUGA